AUGCGCGAGCUCAUCUCCCUUCUCGGUCUACGGUUCUAUCUCUUCGAACUCCGAGGUUCGCUCACGUACACGCACACACGGAACGGAAAAGGACCGAAAGUCUACGAAAUUUGCGAGUCCGAUAUCGAGGAUGAGGUUGAGAGCGAAAGCAGCAGUACUGAAAGUACUACGAAGCCCAGACCUGGUGUUGACGCAAGUGCUGUGGGCGUCCAGUUGCGUUUGGUCAAGAACGACGGUCUGCUCACAAUCGAGUUCGAAGGAAAAGAUGGGUCGGCUGCACAAUGGACGUUCGACGGCAAUGAACUGCUCGGUGGUGGAAGUAUGGUUGCUGCCGCAGCCACGCAGACAGAUGUCGAUGAGAAGAAAUGUCUGAUCUGUGGGGUGGAGAAGAGGCAAAAUGUAGAGGUGAAGCAUGAAGAGACUCAGACUGACACGACAUCAACGAAGUCGAUGGAGACACAGACUGCAGCGCAGACUACCAGCAGCAGUGGGGUGCAGGUUACGCCACCGACGAUACCCGUACAUCUUCGAAUGCCAGGAGCGCUUGAAACCCUAGGACCUUUCAUCAAUGCGCGUGCUACGAAACGCAUCCUUGGUCACAUACAAGAAGGCGUGCUAUCAAGCAUGACCGAUGUUCGAAAGGUGUUGGAUCAAAAUGUCGCAGCACGAACGGACUUCACUUUGCUGUACCAGGAGACACAGAAAAUAUCAACCAAGAGAUCCCAAAAUAGGUCAUCACUUAAGCGGGAGUCUCCUAGCACUUCCGGCAAGUCUGUCACUCCAAAGACGGACGUGGCGAAAGCAACAUCAGACUUUACAGGCAUCGGUGUUCAAACAGAAUCAGCAACAGAUCUCAAGACCUUCGUACAUGCCGAGCACCUGUCUCUGGUCAAAGAUAUCUCGACACAUCAGUCGCUCAAGCGUAAAGCCUCUAUAUCGCUCGAAACAAAGAAUAUUCUCAACAAGCGUGCAAAGAGCCAGCACAAUGCCCAACAGUGGCCGCGACAUCUUUACAUGGACUGUUUCAGGAACACACCCAUCUUCAAAGGCGGCGUCGGAACAUUACACAUCGACGUACAAGAAGGCACAGCAUUCUUUGAAGGCUGUUACGGCAAAGAAGGCAUGCGUGUGCAAGAGAGAAAGCAGAUCGACCUGCGUGACAAAUCAACGAGAAUAAGCUACGAGCUUCUGCAUCGCAGCGGUAUUGACAAUGCAACAUAUGACCUCUGUGUUGACCGCCUAAGCGCCAAGGGCGAAACCAUUACCUUGUUCCAUGCAGAUUGCUCAGCGCCAGGAUGGAAGAUGUUCGGCCUCGAUGUCGCAUAUUUCAGCUUCGAAAAGCCGCCGGUCGAGGACAUGAUACCCAUCGCUGACGCUCAUGUUAUUGUCGACGCACUCGUCUAUUGCAUCGACGUUGCAUCGUGUCGUGAAGCAGUACAUGACCCAGACAUGGAAUACAAGUUGCGCAAGGAAGUCGAAGAUUAA